AUGGCUUUCCAUAAUCUCAUCUUAGUGCUCGAACAAGUCAUGGAAAUGUCUUCAUUGUUGUCGUACUUUCUCUUUUUCCUUGCUUUUCUUCUCACCAUUUUCAACCUUUUUUCCCGAAGAAGAAAACACAAAAACCUUCCACCAGGUCCAUCUUCUCUUCCCAUAAUCGGCAACCUCAACCUCCUCGAACGCCCCCUCCAUCGGUUCUUCCAACGCCUGUCUAAAACACAUGGCAACGUAUUUUCUCUCUGGUUCGGUUCCCGUCUGGCCGUCGUCGUUUCAUCGCCGUCAGCGUUCCAAGAAUGCUUCACUAAAAACGACGUCGCCUUGGCCAACCGACCACGCUCCCUCUCCGGAAAACACAUCUUCUACAACUACACCACCGUGGGGUCGUGCUCCUACGGCAAGCACUGGCGCAACCUCCGCCGCAUCAUCGCACUCGACGUUCUCUCCACUCAACGAAUCCACUCCUUCGCGGGAAUCAGAAAGGACGAAACGGAGAGGCUGAUGCGUACCCUGGCCAAGGCCUCGUGCGUAGAGUAUGCGCACGUGGAGUUAGGUUCCAUGUUCCAUGACAUGACGUACAACAACAUGAUGAGGAUGAUAUCGGGGAAGAGGUACUACGGGAACGAGAUUCAGACGAAGCAUUUGGAGGAGGCGAAGGAGUUCAGAGAGACGGUGGAGGAGUUGCUGCAACUAGCCGGAGUGUCCAACAAAGCAGAUUAUUUACCCUUCCUUCGGUGGUUCGAUUUUCAGAACCUGGAAAAGAGGCUGAAGAGUAUUAACAGGAGGUUCGAUACGUUCUUGGAUGCACUCAUUCACGAGCAACGCAGCAAGAAGGAGAGAGAAAACACCAUGAUAGAUCAUCUUCUACAUCUGCAAGAGUCGCAGCCCGAGUAUUAUACUGAUCAAAUCAUCAAAGGCCUUGUUUUGGCUAUGCUCUUCGCUGGGACAGAUUCGUCAGCAGUAACUUUAGAGUGGUCACUGUCAAAUUUACUGAACCACCCAGAAGUGUUGAAGAAAGCAAGAGAUGAAUUGGAUAGUAAAGUAGGGCAAAACCGUUUGGUGAAUGAGUCAGACAUUCAAAAUUUGCCUUACCUUAAAAAGAUCAUCCUUGAGACACUUAGGUUACACCCUCAUGCUCCUCUAGCAAUACCACAUGUCUCCUCAGAUGACAUAAUCAUUGAAGAAUUUAACGUUCCACGAAACACCAUAAUAAUGGCUAACAUUUGGGCUAUGCAAAGAGACCCUCUAUUGUGGAGUGAAGCCACAUGUUUCAAACCAGAGAGGUUUGAUGAAGAGGGAUUGGAGAAAAAGUUGGUAGCUUUCGGGAUGGGAAGAAGGGCUUGUCCAGGAGAAACCUUGGCCAUGCAGAAUGUUGGGUUGACUUUGGGAUUGUUAAUUCAAUGCUUUGACUGGAAAAGAGUAAACGAUGAUGAGAUUGAUAUGAGAGAGGCAAAUUGGUUCACUUCAUCCAGGUUAACUCCAUUGAAGGCCAUGUGUAAAACCCGCCCACUCAUUCACCAGAUUAAUUUGAAAUAA